AAUAUAAAAUACUUCUUAUGAACAAUCAACACUGUCAAGAACAAGAACCCAACCCAUUCGAACAAAGUUUUUCAACAGUAUCAACAAAAGCACCUUUUUAUGAUCCAUAUCAAGCAAAAAUAACUUGUCACCCCCAAAAUGGGAUAGAGAAGUGGGUUUCUGACAUCUCAACUUAUGCAUACGAUUCUGGCUCAGUCAAUGGUAAAAACCGAAUUUAGAUCAAAGUAUCAUCUAAUUAAUUUAGAUUCAUAUUCUUCUGUUUCAGACACACAAGUGACAAGUGAAGAUAGUAGCAGCGAUGAUGUUUUAAAUCGCCGGCAACAACAACAACAACAACAACAACAACAACAACAACAAUAUGUAUUUGAACCCACAAGACAAUUUUCAGCCCAUAAUAAACAACAACAACAAUGUCAACACACUAAAUCGGCCAAUAAUAAGAAGCGAUCGAAAUCGACAAAAUUACCUGAAGAUGAAGAGAAACGAAAGAACUUUUUGGAAAGAAACAGAUUAGCUGCAUUAAAAUGUAGACAAAGAAAGAAACAAUGGUUAUCUAAUCUCCAAGCGCGCGUUGAGUUUCUGACAAAUGAUAAUGAGCAACUUCAAUUAGAAGCAAAUGCCUUACGUAAUGAAAUUAUGGACCUCAAAACCUUAUUGAUUACACAUAAAGAGUGUCCUCAAUACAAUGCUGCUUUACUUCAAAGAGCCCAACAUGUACCCAUGUUGGAUGAAAACGCACAACUUCCCUAUCCAUUUGAAUAUCAUUCUCAUGUCUAUUAUCAUAAUCUCUCAUCUUCUACAGCUUAACUUUUUUUUUAUAUAAUCUAUGUAAAUAUGUAUGUAUGUAUGUGUAAUCUUUUUUAUUUUUUUAAAAAAGAAAAAGGCCCCCCUUCUCACUUAUUCUAUUGUUUUUUUUCUUUCUCUUGUCAUGUAUCCAUUUUAUAAAUUAUGUAUAGUUCUCUCAACAUGCAAUUUUCUUCUUUUAAAAAAUACGCAUAUUCUAUUUACAUUUCAUUUUUUUUUAUGAUUCAAAAAUAAACAUAUUUAUUCUAAA